AUGAAGACGCCGAGAGAUAAGUCACCCAGCAGAACUCUUAGACCUCCUGGACUGAUUGGUGGAAGUAAACCCAAGGUUGCCACUCCGGCAGUCGUAUCGAAAAUUGAAUUCUACAAACGCGAAAAUCCAACGAUAUUCGCGUGGGAAAUUCGAGAAAAACUCAUAUCUGAAGGAGUGUGCACGAACGGAACGGCGCCGUCGGUGAGCAGCAUCAACCGGAUACUGCGGAACAGGGCGGCCGAGAGGGCCGCGGCCGAGUUCGCUCGGGCCGCCGGGUACGGGCUGUACCAGGUGUCGCACCCGUACGCGUCU